UCAACGUCAAAGAAGAAGAAGAAGACAAACAGGACGUUGCGUCUAAUGCUAAUCUGAGAACCUGCAGGCUGCUGAACAUGAAUAAACCUGUUUAGCUUCUGACACGACCUUAAUAAAAGAGUGUCUAUCUGUCCUACGUAUCUGCUGGGACCACGGACAGCUAGACUUGAAUUGGGUUCAUCCCGUUAACUGAAGUUUCUCCCUUCAUCCACUCAUCAUGGUGGACUACUACCAGGUUUUAGGAGUACGGAGAGAUUCGUCUGCAGAUGAAAUAAAGAAAGCCUACAGAAAGCUGGCCUUGAGGUGGCACCCUGAUAAAAACCCGGAGAACAAGGAGGAGGCUGAGAAGAAGUUCAAGGAGCUGUCGGAGGCGUAUGAAGUCCUGUCAGAUGCCAACAAGAGGAGCACAUAUGAUCGCUAUGGCAAAGAGGGACUGACAGGGAGCAACGGAGGAAGGGGAGGCCAUUUCCACAACGGAGAUCAUUUCCACGAACCAUUCACAUUCCGAAACCCAGACGACGUCUUCAGGGAAUUCUUCGGAGGCAGAGACCCAUUUGCAGACUUUUUUGGUGCAGAUCCAUUUAGUGAUGAUCCAUUCUUCGGCAGUGGCCGGCGGCACCAUAGUCGAGCAAAUCGCAGCCGGACAGCCAGCCCGUUUUUCGGGGGCUUUGUCGGUUUUCCUCCCUUUGGCGCUGGCUUCUCACCUUUUGACCCAGGCUUCAGUUCUUUUGGCUCUAUGAGCCCCAUGGGUCAUAUGGGUCACAUGGGUCACAUGACAACCAUGGGCAGUCUGGGAGGUGGAGGCUUCACCUCUUUUUCCUCCACCUCCUUCGGGGGAGGAGGAGGAGGUGGCGGUGGGGGAGGCAUGGGCAACUUCCGCUCUGUGUCCACCUCCACCAAGAUCAUCAACGGCAGGAAGAUCACCACUAAAAGAAUCGUGGAGAACGGGCAGGAGCGGGUGGAGGUGGAGGAGGACGGGCAGCUGCGGUCAUUAACCGUUAACGGUAAGGAGCAGCUGCUGCGGCUGGAACACCGGUAAAGACCGACGCUUCCUCUGCUGGAGAAGUGUUACCUCAGCACAAACAUACCAACAAACUUGAGCUUGAUACAGAGAGAGAGAGAGAGAGAGAGAGAGAAAAAAAAUAAAAAAUGUGAUAAUAGCACUCCACUGUUGUUUGGAUGUAAAUACUUAGGUUGCAUUUAUUUCCCCGUGUGUCCUCUCCCUGCUGACUUUCAUUUGUUAACCAAUGAUUCAAAUUCAAUGAUAUUUGGAUGCCGACUUUUCUAUGCAUUUUGUUAAUGUAUUUCUGAAUUGGAGAAUUGUCCUUAUAUUUUGGCUCAGGGUGGUGUUAUUGUUUCAGUGUUUGGGACCACAGUAUUGUUCUGAUGUAUAUGACCAGCCCCCACCCCCUCCCCACCUUCCCUUCUUUUUCUUUUCUGUAUGCACUCGGUACUGCUUGUCUAAUCUCUUCUUAGUAAUAAUUCUUUUUUUAUUGAAAAAAAAUAAAUAAAUACAAUGCUGGUAGGAUGAGUUAUGCAAUUUUAUAUGUUCUAAUACCAAUAUGUUUAUUGUUUAUUUAAUUCUGCAUGUACUCCUGUUGAUGUCGAGUCUUAAUGUUAAAGCUGCAUUAUGAUGCACAACUAAUGGAAGGCAUUCUAUAAAUGAUAUAUGGAUAUAGAAGGAAUUUUGUGUACUUUGUAAACCAAUAAAUCUGAGCGUCGUCCUGUUUUCAGGAUGCAGAAAUGUGA